AUGGCUGAGCAUCAUCAGAAAUAUUGGAGUCGCCCAGGUGGUCGGGUGCUAAUAUUCAUGCAGGUUAUAGCGAUUGAUAUUUACCCCUUCCAGCCAGAGACCGUACCUGAAAACUUGUAUUUACAAGUGGAUGAUCUCAACAACCGAUUCACUUUUCAGGCCCAUAACUUCGACCUUGUCCACAGUCGAUUGAUGUCGGGCGCUAUACAUGUGAAUAGAUGGGCUGGGUACCUCCGUGAUAUGCUUCGUGUACUCCGACCCGGAGGAUGGUGCCAGUUGGUGGAGCUGCAUCAUAACGCCCAAUCAGACAAUGGAAGUUUAACAGAGGCCCAUGCUCUUAGACAGUGGAGUACUAGGUAUAAUGAGAGCCUGAACGGCUUGAAAGAUGUUCGUGUCGCACCCCGGCUUCCAGAAAUGAUGAGAGCUGCAGGAUUUGUCGACAUUGAACAUAGAAUGAUUCCCCUCCACACUUGUGGUUGGUCAAGCGGUCAAGACUAUGAUAUUGGUACUGCCAACAGAGAAAACGUGCAACAAUUCUUAGGAUCCAUUGCGAUUUAUCCAUUCGCGGAAAGACUAGAGAUGCCGAUCCAAGAUGUUCAACUUCUUGUAGCGCAGGCUAGAGUAGAGGCCGGUGACCCAUUGUUGAAGGUGAUUAUUGCAUCCAGAUAA